GGGCCUGAAGGCGGAAGUAAGACAAUCAACAACCGAACACGGAACUGCGGUGGACGGUUUUGUUAGUGUCUAGAAGGACUUUUCUUUUUGGAUUUCUCAUAAUAUAGAACAAUAUGUCGGUAUUUGGCAAAUUGUUUGGCGGUGGGGGGAAAGGCGGCAAAGGACCAAGCCCACAAGAAGCGAUCCAGAAACUCCGCGAGACAGAGGAGAUGUUAACGAAGAAACAAGAGUACUUAGAGCAAAAGAUUGAAGCGGAACUAGUAACAGCAAAGAAAAACGGCACGAAAAACAAACGAGCUGCUUUACAGGCCCUGAAAAGAAAGAAGCGAUAUGAGAAACAACUUGCUCAGAUAGACGGUACUCUCUCCACCAUUGAGUUCCAGCGAGAAGCAUUAGAAAAUGCUAAUACAAACACAGAAGUGCUGAAAAACAUGGGCUUUGCAGCCAAGGCCAUCAAGACAGCCCAUGAAAAUAUGGAUAUAGACAAAGUGGAUGACCUCAUGCAAGACAUCACAGAACAGCAGGAGCUGGCACAGGAGAUUUCUGAUGCUAUUUCAAGGCCUGUUGGUUUUGGAGAAGAGUUUGAUGAGGAUGAGCUUAUAGCUGAAUUGGAGGAGUUGGAACAGGAGGAGAUGGAUAAUAAAAUGCUGGAAAUCAGUGGCACAGAGGACAUCCCUCUGCCCAGUGUGCCUUCAGACCUAUUACCCAAAAAAACAGCCCCAAAAAAGAGAGAAGAGGACGAGGAUGAAAUGGAAGAUCUUAAGGCAUGGGCCAUGUAAACUUGCCCCAAUCCGACAAUCUCAUUGCUCAUCAUGGUUGGCUUGUAUGGGCAAACCUGAGCACCUUCAGAUGGAUAACACUACAAAACAACUAUUUUCUGAGUUACCAUAGCUCUGGCAGUAUGGCUAAAAUGAGUCCAGAAAAACAAGAGUCGCAAAUGACAAUGGAUAUGAAGCAGGUUUUCAAAGUUAACUGGACAAUAAAAUCUGAUGACACAGUGACAUGUGAGAAGACCCUUAAAAAUGUGGCCAUGAUUAUUUAGUUGAAGGAUAGAUGUCUCUAAUUUUCCCUCAUAUAAUAAGAAAGUUCAUUUGAAUUGUCUACUAUUCAGAAACUGGUAGUUUUGUUUUGUCAUAAGCAUGUUUGCUGAUACACAACUGAGAUUCACAUCAUUUACAUGCUCUUUCUCAACUGAGUGACGUUUCUCAUCUGCUACAUUAAAUAGAUUUGGUACUAAUUUUUUACAUCAAUCUUUGAACUCAAUUUGUUCUGUUAAAUUAAUGUUAUUCAGCACUUCCAAUUGCAUACACUUUUUUUUUUUUUUUUUACUGUUUGUUGACACUGACAUUUUGGUUUAGUACAAACUGACAACUAAUGUUAGCUAUUACUCAAAAAAACCACUUUGACUGACCAUCAUAUAUUAUUUGGUGCUUGUUUCAAAUAUUUGCUGAAAAUUACCUAUUAAAUAAUGCUCCUUUCUGGCCAAAUACAAUAAUGUGCUGAGGGUUUUAUCUGACAGCAGAUAUUGUAAUUAUUGAAAUAUACAAAAUAAACUAUUUUACAUAUUUUUCCUUGUUUGGAAGCAUACACAUUUUUUUAGAUAAUGUAUCUAUGCAGGUUGAGAUAUAAGUGGGAUAUGUGUACAUUUGUAUGUUUUAGAAUAUUCAGAUGGCUAUUAUUUGAGAGAUCAUUAAACUUUUGGAUUCCUUUGCUCUGGUGGUGUUGGUUUUUAUGUGCUACUAGAUAACAACACAAGGCCGUAACCAUGUCUUGAAAAUUUGGGGGGACCAAACCAUUUUUGGGGUGGGGGCUCACAGGUGUUGAGAUCACAAAUAUAAUGGUCCUCUUUGGUCCUUUAAUAUAGUAUAGUUGCUUAAUGCAAUAUUUUCUGGAAAAAAAUAAAAAUAUAUACACACAUAUAUAUAUAUAUAUAUAUAUAUAUAUAUAAUUUAUAAACACAAUGACACUUCUGUCUUGAUUCUUGCACUCCAGGCACAUGAAAAUAUUUGCUGUGUGCCUUAAUAAUUGGCAUGCUUAUGCAUCUUGAGUGGAUUGUUUUUAAAUGACUGACUGUGUGUCUUGCUUGAUGGUUGACAUGGGAGAUUCGUGGAAAAACGGGGCGAGGCUGAGGCAUGAUGUGUUGUCUGCAUUUAGUUGGCAUAGUUUUGUUUGUAAAAACAAAAAUGCCCAUUUUGUUAUUUUUCCUUCUUAUUUCAUUGGCUAAUGAUUUUCAAUAAAGCAGACUGCAGUUGAA